UAUAAUUUUAAUUAAAGUAUCUAUCUUUGACAUUAUUAUUUAGCCAUGAUAGGGCAUUAUCAAUUAAAUCUAUUUUCCAUUCAUCCCCAGCAGGAGUUCGGGAAUGUAGCAAGAUCAUCGUUAAUCUUUGUUUAUUUGCAAACGCAACUAAUUGAAACUACGUCUUUCUAAUGCUCUUUUAUCUCCUUUAUCCUCUUGAUAAAGCUCCAAUCGGUAUUGAUAGGGUAACGGGACAAAGCGGGGGUUAUAUUUAAAGCGGAAUGUAUUUUUCACUUGCAAUUUAUUCUCUACAAAGCAUACGAAACAAAAACAAUGCCUUUUUUGGCAUGCUUUUUGCUUUUUCUUGCACCGUCGAUUUUUGCGAAUUUUCAUAACGAGGAAGUUGUGGUUCGUGCAGUUGGGGGGUUGGAAAUGGUAAAAGAAUUGGCAGACGAGGCCGGUUACAUUUUUAAAGGUCCAGUUCGGGGAUUUAAAGACACUUACGUCAUAUUACCGAGAAAUGAUAAAAAUUCUGAGUACGAUAAAAGAGAUGGAAAUAAUGUGCGCCGUAGCUUAGAAGAGGAUAAAAGGGUGAUUUGGAUCGAAAAACAAAAGGUGAAACCUCGACAAAAAAGGGAUUAUCGUUAUUUGGACGAUUUUCUUGAAAGUUUAGUCGAGAAAGAUGAAUUCCAGCGAAUAAAGUCGAGAAACUCGGAAAGGGCUUUUAAUGACGAAUUAUGGAGUCAGCAAUGGUAUUUGCAAGAUACCAGAACGCGCUCAGAUCUUCCAAAACUCGACUUAAACGUUAUUCCGGUGUACAGAAUGGGAAUAACGGGAAAGGGGAUUCGGGUUAAUAUUUUAGACGAUGGUAUAGAAUAUACCCACGACGAUUUGAAAAUAAAUUACGAUCCGGAAAUAAGUUAUGACUGUAACGAGGAUGAUGACGAUCCUCUUCCCCGCUAUGACCGUACCAGGGCGAAUAGCCAUGGUACAAGGUGUGCGGGAGAGAUAGCAAUGGUAGCUAACAAUUUGAAGUGUGGCGUUGGGAUUGCAUUUAAUGCAAAAGUUGGCGGGGUUAAAAUAUUGGACGGUCCGAUCAAUGAUAGGAUCGAAGGGACAGCAUUAAGUUAUGGUUUAAACUUAGUGGAUAUUUAUAGUGCUUCGUGGGGUCCUAGUGACGAUGGCGAAACUGUCGAUGGUCCCGGACGCCUUGCUUCGGAAGCUUUGGAGAACGGGGUAAAAAAGGGUAGGAAUGGUAAAGGGGCGAUAUACGUAUGGGCGUCUGGGAAUGGGGGUAGUCAACACGAUAACUGUAAUUGUGAUGGUUAUUUAACAAGUAUCUACACAAUUUCUAUCGGGAGUGCGUCACAAAAGGGAGAGUUUCCCUGGUACGGAGAGGCGUGUGCUUCCACAUUGGCUGUAACGUACUCUUCGGGAGCAUACAGAGACCAAAUGAUUGCUACAACGGACUUGUUUAACCAAUGUACCAUCAAACACACGGGAACUUCGGCUUCGGCCCCAUUGGCAGCCGGAAUAAUUGCGUUAGCUCUUGAAGCAAAUCCAAAUUUGACCUGGCGAGACGUUCAACAUUUGAUUGUUUGGACAUCCGAACCCGCCCCCGUUUAUGAGAACCCGGGUUGGCAACAGAACGCUGCUGGGUUUUGGUUCAAUACCCGAUUUGGGUUUGGUCUCAUGAACGCUUAUGGCAUGGUCAUAGCCGCUUUGAAUUGGACCAGUGUACCAGAAAAAUCUGUUUGCACAUAUAAAAUAAGUCUACCAAAAAAUGGGUCAUUUUCAUUCGGCAAUCCCAUAACUGUCCCUUUUGAUUCCGAUGGGUGCAAGGGUUCAAUAAAUGAAAUCCAAUUUUUGGAACAUGUAGAAGUGCAAAUGAGUAUUAGUUAUAAUAUUCGAGGGGCUCUCGAACUGAAUUUAACAUCGCCGUCUGGAACAAAUGUCCAACUUCUUACUCCUAGAGAUCACGAUCAAAAUCCAUUUGGUUUUCAUGAAUGGACUUUUAUGUCCGUUAUGACUUGGGGUGAGAAUCCAAAUGGACUUUGGAAAAUUGUUUUGUCAGAUAAGAUUGGCCCGUAUGGUAAUUCGGGGGAGGUAACGGAUGUUACAGUUCGGUUGCAUGGGACCAAACAUCGACCAAAUUAUAUGUCAGCUGGAUCCAGAAAUUAUAAUAGGGAAUAUAACCGCAUUAAAAAUUAUGUUAAUCAACUUAAUUUUAAUUCGAUUAUUCCAAAAGCAAAUCGCAACAUUAUACAAAAGUACAAAUAUUUAUUGUAAUUAACUUAUUGUACCAAUCGAAAACGUAAAUAGUAGGAUAAUAAUAAAAUGGUCUCUAUUACUUUGAC